AUGCGAGCUGGGUGCAAGCAUAUUUCCGUCUGUGUUCCCUUUUCUGGAUAUGAAGCCGUCAAAGGUCUCUUUGGACAUAUCCAUAAACAAGACGAUGUCACGAUUCAGCUGGUGGCAGACCAGGCCAACAAGCGGGAGCAACUCAAACGUGCCAUCGAGAAUCUCCCUAGCUCUAUAAAGAAGUCACACAAGGUCAUAGUGUUUGCAGACGAUGACAUCACUUACGGCGAGCACACUCUCCGAUGGAUGCUUGCCCCCUUCGAGAAGGAGUCUGUUGGGGCAGUUGGGACUUGUCAGCGAACCAGGCGCGUCGAGACUACGUCCAUCGCAGAGAGGGUUGUUGACUGGAUCUUUGCCGACUACAUUGAGCGGCGACAUUUCGAGAACUCGACAACGCUGGCAAUAGACGGAUCGAUCUCGUGUUUUGUGUCGGAGAGGUGGAGCGGCCGGAAGCUCAACGCGGACGACGACAAUUUUUGGACACGGUGGCUCUUGGAAAACCACUGGGAGAUCGGGUAUCAAUACAAUGAACAAUGCCAGGUCGAGACCAAAUUUGAACCUCACGUACAGCAGCUCUGGAGGAGAAACUUACGGUGGUCAAGAAGCAACUGGAGGAGCAACUGGACAAGCAUUUGCAAAGUAGCAAAUUGGCGGACAUAUCCCCGGGGUACCUACUCGUUGUACAUGUCGGGUUUUGUGAACUUUGGGCUCCCUACUGAUGCACUGCUUUGGCGGCUGUGGCUGGGGAUGACUUCGAGCCACGAGCAGUGGGGAACGUGGACAAAGUGGUAUUUUAUUUGGUGGCUCUUCACCAAGGUUGUGAACAGGAUCGGUCUGUACCGGCGAAACUGGAGGGAUGUAAUAUUCCUGCCAGUUGCCAUUCUUUGGGGCUGGCUUCACGGGGUCAUCAAACUCCAUGGAUUAGUCAGCCUGCACCAGGUUGCUGCGAAUAUGGCGCAUCCGUUCGUUGAGCGUCCGGCCACGGUUGGGUUGCCCAAUACCGAACCCGAUAACGGACUCGGAGACGACUCCCUCGUGCUGGGUGACGAUCAACUCAAGGAAAUCGCCCGAUUUCAGGAAGAGAUCCGCCACCACGAGACCGACGCGGACAAAUAUCGGCUUUGUACCAGGACACGAGAUGACCUGCUCCGAAGGCAUGCCGAUUUGCGGCUUCUGAUUGCCGUGUACGAGCAUGUCAUGCUUGACGAAUGCGCGGCAUAUAGAACUUUCAAAGAGAACAGUGUCCCGGCGACAAACCAGAAACACGACGAGACAGAGGAGUGGGAGCUCGCGUUGCUGUAG